ACCGUCCACCCUUUCCUGCGGCAACGCGCCGACCAAACUACUCGACACAAACCCGUAAAAACACAGGCCGAUCUCGGCUCGCCCAUCGUGCCGAUCUCGGCCUCCCGGCUCUCUCCACUCGCCUCAAUCCCCAAUGGCCGUCGACACCACCACCGCGGCGCCUUCCCACCCUGAAGGCGACGAAGGCGGUGAAGAGGCAGUGCGGCCGCUCCUCUCCGGCGCGCCCGCUGAGGUGGAGGAUGAGGAACUGGACAUCAGGUACGCGCCCUAUGCGCGCCGUGAUGCGUACGGGCCGAUGGGCCGCGGGCCGCUCUCUGCGGCGCAGGUGGCACGGUUAGUGCUGGCGGGCGUCGUUCUCCUCCCGCUCCGUCUCGUCGCAGGGGUGCUCCUGGUCGUCGCCUACUAUCUCGUGUGCCGUGUGUGUACGCUGUUUGUGGGCGGAGUGGGAGAGGGCCGUCCCCGCCUACAGGGGUUGAGGAGGGAGGCCGUGCUGCGUGCUGGCCGCGUGUUGUCGCGGGCAAUGCUGUUCGUGUUCGGGUUCUACUGGAUCCCCGUGUCCGAUCGAAGCUUCCCCAAUGCCGAGGAUGUACCUAAAGAUCACUAUGAAGAACUGGAAAGACCAGGGGCGAUUGUAUCUAAUCAUGUGUCAUAUGUGGACAUUCUUUAUCAUAUGUCAGCUUCUUCUCCGAGUUUUGUUGCUAAGAACUCAGUGUCCAAGUUGCCGUUGAUUGGUCUCAUAAGCAAAUGUCUUGGGUGCAUUUUUGUUCAACGAGAAUCCAAAUGUUCAGAUUCUAAAGGUGUCUCAG